AUGCUUGCGAAUCUCCUCUUGAUUACGCCUGUGUUCUACAGUCUGUUGAUGUUCCGCACCAGCAAGGCUAUUUUCGGUUCCUUGUCCAAGCGGGUCACGGUUGACCUCAUAAUGCACUACGACAUGUUGUGGCGAGUGGUCAUCGACAUGGUUGAUCAGGUUGACAUGUUCUACUAUGCACGCUUAGCUGAAUGGGUGGGGAAGGAGGCGCUGGAGAAGCAUCGACCGUCACUGGUUCUUAUCCAAACAGUGGUGCCAUUCCUCCUGUUUUUCUCCAUGGUCCUACAGGCGCAGGCAUUUCCUGGUGUAGUAACAGACAAGUGGCCGAUCCCGGUUGAAGCCUCCGCCACAUUGCCCCAGGCAUGCUCAGAGCCACGCGAGGAGCCCUCCAGGAGUGACGCUCAGAUGCAGGCCGUUUCCAAUGCACAAAGGUAUGCACUGCAGCCACAAGCUCCGUUGUCUCAGUUGCAAGCUGCGGCAGCUUCCUCGGCGCCUUCUUCGGUGCCGCCACGGCGCGCAGAGGAUUGGCAAUCAGAGACCUCUGGUGCAAGACAGGCGGUCACCUUUGCCGCAGACCUCCGCGGUGGAAUGCCGAGCUCGGGCGACACCUUCAGCGACAGGCAAAGCUCGGGCUCGGGAAUCAUGCUUCGAAAGAGCACGGGGUUUGGACCCGGACGGGAGCGAGCCUGGCUGGAGCGACAUGAGAGGGCCCGCAGGCGGCGAUUGCAGGCCAUUAUAAAUCUCAUCCAGCGCCAGAAUGUCAUCAUCGCUCGAAAGCGGUCGGCCAUUGCGUCGAUCUUCCUGAUCGACAUCCCAUUUCUAACUAUACGAGUUUGGCUGUGGGCAUUGCUGCAGCAUACCUACUUCCCCGGCUUGGGAGUGAAGAAUGGGCUCUGCAUUGUGCUCAACGUCAUGCAGUACACACUGGUCGCCCUGGCAAGUAAAGAAUCCUUCAAGAGGAUCAAGCGGGAGCUAGCAGAGUACCUCUGCAGGUUUCAAGGGUCUGCUUUGAAGGAAGAGGAAGAGGAGGAGGAGGAGAUCGGGCAUGACUCGCCGGAUCACAAUGCUCUUGACGAAGGUGAGGUCAUGUCGCCACAGGAGCCUGGCACGCCCGACAAGCAGGCUGCGAAGGACUUGCCGGAAGUCCUGCAGACUUCCACAUCUCAGGCUGAGAUGAAGCGAGCACUCCGGCGUGUGGGUCGGGAGAGCACGCGCAGUGUCGGCGCAUGUGUCUACAUCUGUGCCCUCACAAUGGCACUCGUUCUGGGCUUCGUCAUCGCGCAAGGCGAGACUGUUAUCGAGACGUUCGUGGCGUGGGCGAAGGAAGCGACAGCUGUCGAGUAG